AUGACUAAACUUAGCGAGUUGAAAACGUAUCACGAAGUGAUUGAUGAAAUAUAUAACCACGUCGAGUCACUUGAACCUUUCCUUAAAGGAACGACAGCGUCGACGGCCUUUUGCCUGUUAUAUAAGCUUUGGACUCUCCGAUUAACCGUCAAACAGGUGACUGGCUUGAUUGAACAUACUGAUUCUGCCCACAUUAGAGCUUUAGGAUUUUUAUACCUUCGUUAUGUUUGCAAGCCAACGAACUUAUGGGAAUGGUUUGAAGGAUACCUGGAGGAUGAAGAGCAAGUGCAAGUUCAAGGAGGUCCACGGCCGGUCUCAAUUUGGGAUCUAAAGACGUAUGUUUCUAAUAACACAUUUUUGAAAAUCAGAACUAUCGGUAAAAUGUGCCGCCAAUUGUUAACUGAACAAAAAUGGCUUGGUACUAUUUUACCUCGCAUCCCCGUACCUAUCGCUCGUGAUAUCGAUCAAAAAAUCAAGGAAAGAUUACAACCACCACCUUUACCAAGGAGGGAAUCUCCAUCAUAUGAUCUUGAUCCUAGGGCAUCAUUAGAACGUUCUGUGAGACGUAUCGACGAAGGAAGGAAGUAUCGUAAUCGUACUCUGAAAGUCGUAGUAGGAGGUAUAGAACUCCAAGCCGUGAACGUAGGACAGAAAGGGACUACGAUCGCCGCGGUAGUUAUGCAAAUUAAACAAAUGAAGAAAUACACUGGAUAUAUGCAACGGGAUGGUUAG